GGCGGCGGCGGCGGCGGCGGCGGCGCGGGAUAGUAUGGGGGGAGCACUCGUGAUGGGUUCUGCCAUCAUGAUGGUUCCAAUCUAGUGAGCUCGGAUGACACCAGCCCAUCAUGUACAGUGUGGAAGAUCUCCUGAUUUCUCAUGGAUACAAACCAUCACGAGACCUCCCCAGACCACGUGAGGAUAAUCCCAGGGGGCAUCGGCAAGCCAGGUCCAGGACUCGAGCAGAACAUGACCUGCUGAAUGGGUAUGGAGAUGAUCCUGCAGCCUUUGCCUACAGUCAGACCUCCCAGGGGAAGAGACCGGUGAGUGACUCAGAGAGCCGCCGCAGCACGCCCGGAAGCCGCGGGGAGCAUCACAGUGCUUCUGUUUCUCGGACUUCUGAGGCAGGGUUGUACAGCCGACCCACAUUAGCAUGGUCCUCAAAGCCUCAGGUCGGCAGCGACCACACCCACAGAAGAAGAGGCCAGGAGGUCAGUAACUUGCCAGGUUCAAGGGACCGGGAAGCCCAGGAGGUCAGAAGAAUGGCUCGAGUGCACGGCCUGCCGAGCCACAUGCGAGAGGGUUCAUGGGAAGUCGGAGGCAGGACAGAGCAAGUGAUGAAGAAAGCAGUUUGGGAAGAAGAGCUGAGGGUGUUGGGGCCUGCCAAGUGGCCCAGCGCAAGCCCGGAAAGCUGGAAUGAGUCCAGGAAAUUGGGGAGGCACAUGUCCGAUGGUGACGGAGAGAAACUGUUUCAAGAUCUGUAUCCGUUCAUUCAGGAAGAGCAUGGGCUGACGUCUCAGAACAAAAGGAAAUCCCGGUCACUGCCUCGAGUUCUUUCCCCCGAAAGCCUAGCUUGCACAGAAAUUCCCCUUUCCAUCAAGGACAGCUAUUUACCAGGUGUUCCUAGAAUGCCCCCACAUCCUUCCAAUUGUGCACCACAUCUGGAAUCCACGAGGAACCCUGAGAAAGGUGCUACCCCAGCCCCUUUUCCCCGGCCAAAGUUCGGAAGGCCUGUUAAACCUCCUCCCUCCUACAGCUCAUACCAGCCAUCCAGGGCAGGAGAAAAUAGCAGCUUUCAGGAGAGUGACGCAAACAGCUAUCUGACCAAAAGUAACGACCCCAGGCAUGACCUUGGGGUGUCAGACGCUGGUUUGGAGCCUCCAGUUUAUGUGCCUCCCCCCUCCUAUAAGUCACCGCCACAACACAUCCCAAACCCCUACCUAGAAGACACAGAGCCCAUACAUGUAAGUGACAGCCAGGGUCAGCAGGAGCAGCAUGGAGCCGAGAAGGAUGGAACAAACUGUCCACUUCCUCCUGGCCCUGGUGGUGCCGGGAACACAUAUGGUGUUGCCCCAGUGUUGCCCCAAGGGCUCCCCUCACGUGCUUACCCAGUUGCCACCUAUGACGGUUGUGUUCAGUACAUCCCCUUCGAUGAUCCGAGGAUACGACAUAUUAAACUAGCUCCGCCCGCCGGCUUGUGCGAGGAAACGAAGUUCCGUGACAGGCAAUAUGACUCUGGCCCUGUGACAGCUCGAGAGCCAGCCCGCGGGCAAGCACAGCACAACGGCAUCCUCCUGCACCCGCAGGACCUGACACCCUUGUCAGAUGCUGAGUUGGGCCCAGCUUCUGCACACCCCAACCCCCAAUGGCUUUGGGGCCUACUCCCCAGGAAUGGAGAAAACGGAGGCUUCGCUGACCCAAGAGACCCCAGUGUGGUGAGUGGACCGUGGUCAGGAAGAUGCCCGGAGAGUCAGGCUUCCUCCCCACACUCCCAGAGCGAGGACACCUGCAGAAGCCAAACCAAGCUCCGAAAGUUUGAGACUGGGAUUCAGACCAAGAAAAGUUCAAAGAAAAAAACAAACGAGACCAUAUUUUGCUUGGUUUCCAUCCCAGUUAAAUCAGAGGCCCAUCUGCCAGAUAUAGAUACGAACAACAAUGACUUAAAAUCACACACCGAGGGAAAGCCGGGGCUUGAUAAGAACGCAGAUCUGCAAGAACAAAGUCUGCUGAGCAUGUCUUCCACCGACCUGGAGCUGCAGGCUCUCACAGGAAGCAUGGCUGGGAGGUUCGUGUUCCUCAAACAAGACCUGGAGGAACUAGAAGACAAGCAAACAAAUGACCUCAAGUUCGUGUACCUCACAAAACACAGAGAGCUCAAGUAUUCUGGCUCAUGGCCAGGUCACCAGUAUAGAGAUCAGCAAACCCAAACCAGUUUCUCUGAAGAAGCCAAAGGCCCUAGGUACCUCCCUGCUACAGAGCCGGGAGAGCCAAGGAGCCCAGAUCCCACCCUGCCCUUAGACCUUCCUGCUUCUGAAGCUCCCUUGCACAUGGCUUUAACCUCCACUGACCAAACACAGAAGCCAAAUGCCCCUGACCUCAGGGGUCAGGUGUCCCUCAGCCCAUCCAGCAACAGUGCUUUUUCCAGGACUUCCUCAUCCAAAAAUCUGGCAUCUAUGCCCAAAGCAGACGCCAGUCAGCCCUGCGUCGAUGUCCAUGGUCAGGAACCUGAAGCCAAGCCCACAGCUAAGCCAGAGGUGGUGAAGGGAGAGCCCACAGCUGCCCGGUGCAAUAGCGAACAGCUGUUUGGUCAGUUUCUCCUGAAACCAGUUAGCCGUCGGCCUUGGGAUCUGAUAAGUCAGUUAGAAAGUUUCAACAAGGAGCUUCAAGAAGAGGAAAAGAGUGAGAGUGAAGGCAGUGGUGACAACAGCAGUGAGUGCAGCGAGGCGGAUCUGCAGCAGGGAGCCUGGGCCGACAGCAGACCAGGAGCCCAGGGCUUCCACAAAAGCCACCCGGAAAUGAGCCCUGAGCAACAGCCACGUCCCCAGCCGGCUCCAGGGAACCCAGAGUCUCAAGUGGGAAGCGUUAAAAGUACGUCUGAGAGCUGGAGCAUAGAGCCGCGGCCCAGCGGGAACUGUCCUCGCUUCUCCAGCCCCACCCAGGCAGAAGGUAGCAGGGGCGAUGCCUUCCAGUGGGGAGACGCAGGUGCCAGGAUGGAGCAGCCAAUGCAGGUAGCUGUGAAUGGCCUGUCGAAGCUUGCAGUCAGCCCAGGUCCUGUGCAAAGAUGGGUGACUUCAAGACCAAGUGACACAAAACCAGCAGGCUCAGCUUACUGGGCUGAACAGAAGGAGCCUUCAGAAGGUCUCACCAAAGACUUCGGUGCUGGGCCACUGAGCAGAGGGGUCCUGCUGAAGGGGGAGAGUAGUAGAGAGAGGGACACAGUGGUCCCGCUGUCGAUCGCUCACAAAACCCGAGGUCUCUCAGCCCCAGACCUGCGGUCCACAGGGCUCAACCCUGAACAAGAGCAAAACACUACUGAGUUAAAUGGGGCUUUGGGUGGAGAGGGUGCGGUGGAAAUCCCUCCAGGUGAGUCUCUGCAGGCCAGGGCAGAGAGGAUCCUAGGCAUAGAGGUGGCUGUGGAGUCCCUUCUGCCGGGUACCAGGGCAGCGGGACAAAGCCAGCCACCCAAGCCCGAUGCCAGCCCCUGCAGCCCCGAUUUGUCCACAGGAAAGUCAGUGCUUAGGUCAGCACCAUCCGGGGGCCCCACGUUGGCCACUGAUGCCUUCUAUGGCAGGAGAAAGUGUGGCUGGACCGAAAGUCCCCUCUUCGUAGGGGAAAGGGCUCCCCAGGCAUCGGUGUGCUCAGGUGUAGACAGGGCCCCUGUGGGCCACACCACCGGCCCUGAGCCUCAGCCCAGCUCCUUGGAGUCCAAGACCUUUGAGGAGAAGGAUCUGGAGGUCAGGCCACCUUUCAGGUCCACAUUGUUCCAUUUCGUAGAAAGGACCCCAAAUGGGACAGGCUCAGAAAAGAGGCUUCGGAGCCCUUCCAAAGUGAUCGAGAGCUUACAAGAGAAGUUGGCCUCCCCUCCAAGGAGGGUGGACCCUGAUCGCUUGAUGCGAAUGAAGGAGGUGAGCUCAGUGUCAAGGAUGCGGAGUCUGAGCGUCCACAAUGCAGACUCCACGGAGGAGGCCGAGGACCCCAAGGCCUCGAGAGGCCAUGACUGGCAGCCAGGAGAUCUUGUGUCUGGGAGCAGUGAGGACCCCGCCUGGAGACUGGGGUACCCCCACUCUGUCUCCAAGGGUUUUAUCCCUCCAGAAGAAAAUGGGCAUCCAUCAACACAAAGAAGGGAAAGGAUUGUGGACCCAGACUUCUGGUGCCCAGAGUCGUAUGACCCUAGCCGGGUAGAGCGGGUGUGACGGCAGGUUGGUGGAGGCCAGGACCACUCUGGUGGUUUCAGUGUUCCUUGAUUCAGCCCAUGCCCUCGCGGUGCCCAGCAGAAGGUGGAAACUGCUGGUCUGACUUCUUCUUUACCUUCCAUAAAGGAUGAGGAAACGCGUCCGUACAGAGUUGUUUGUGGAGAUAAAACCAUCUGUUUCAUAGCAUGAAGAUCUAAUGUCUAUAUUUAGAAGAGUUUUCACAGAAAAAUCUCCUGCCUAAUGGAUUUGGCUAAGCUGGCACAUAGUUUGGUGUUCAGCUGAUUCUGUGUGGAAAUUUAAAUAUGGACAAUGGAGUGAGUCGAACUGAAAUGACUGGGAGUGUGGUCAGUGUGCCUGAGGCCUUCCAUGCUCAUGCUUGGUCCUAGUUUGGUCCUAGACCCAAUUUGCUUGGGGCCUGGGUCCUCUGAGCUUAGGGAAACAUGGAUUGGCUACAUGUGAUCCAUUUCUAUCAAUUCGGCCUUCCAAUGCUGGAGUCACUUUACUAGUGACUACCUUGCCAUCGGAGAAUAAAAGCAAUACUUUUCAAGUUCCUAAAAGAUAACACUUGUGGUGUACUACACUGAAGAGUGUUGUUCAUCUGCCAGUGAAAAUACUUCGAUGGUUUGCAAACUUGCCAUUGUCUGCUUUGCACUCAGUAUUAUCUAUUUUUAUUUUCUGAAUGGAUGUUUAGAAGUUCUUUAUAUGAAAAGUAAUUGCUGGUUUAAAAAUAGACCAUUUUAACAAAGUAACUAUAUUUCUUUUUACAGAAUUGCUAUUUUUCUAUGAUGUAAAGAGUUGCUAGGUGGCAGAUUUUUAAGGAAGUGUUAUUUUAUUUAAGAGCCUAUCCCUUUGCAGAAGAGGAGCUCUAGAGGGUCCCGUUCUGCUUUCAAGCACGUACCCCUGCCAGGCCGCACCUCUGCCUCUCUUCUCUCACCUUAGAGCUUCUACAGGGUUCAUCAGCUCCUGUAAAGCUUCAUGGGAGAAUUCCCUAUCAGUCACCUAACAGCCUAUGACAAAGUUCUGCGGCCGUAACAACUAAACCUACCAAAAAGCAUAGCUUCACUUUUGUAUGUCUGCGCGGAUCUGCCCUGAGAACCUGCCCCUUUAAAGAAAUAUGUAUUUUUAUCUAGAAUGAUCCUGAAUUAAUCUUGCAUAUUUUAAAAAAAAUGCUUGGAGACAUUAUAUACAUGGCAUUAUAUAUUUAUAUGUAUAUGUGUGCCAUAGCAAAAGUAUUCUGAGGCCUAUGUAUUCUACUGUUUAAUAUUGCAUUAACCUGCACAAUGUUUAUGCAUUUUAUAUGCAUUUGUUCCUUAUUUCCAAGUGAGGAAUUCUUACUAGCUUACAUUUUCUAUACAGUUUCUUUCUCGUUCCCCACUUUCCGUCCCUCCCUCUCCCCUAUUUCUUCCCUUCCUUCUUCCAUUCUAUUCCUUCCUGCUCUUCCUUUCUUUCUUCCCUUUUAUUGUUUUUCUCUUCUCUGUCCUUUAAAUCAUCUUUCUACUUUGAGACAUUUCAAAUUCCUAAAAUGUGAACAGUUGGCUGGUCUAUCCUUUGGCCCUAAAUUGACUGACCAGGCUUUCAUCAUGCCUGCUCUUACCUACACCAUGUGAUGUUAUUUCAAAAGAACCUGAUGGAUUUGGACUGUGGCAGAUGAACUAGAAUGGAGGUCAUCCUGACAGCUCUUCUCACAGACACCUACCAGCAGUCUGACUUCACCAUUACCCUCAAAGCUAUCUCUUCCCAGAACUUGACUCUCCCGGAAAGUUGUAGUAAGGCUCUGGUUUUCACAGCAGCAAGAUGACCCAACUCUUUUCUGAGGGGCAACUUGGUGGGACAGAGGUGCAUUGCUUUAUUACUGCUGGGCAGCUAUUACGUUCUCUAAUGGAGCUACAUGCAGGCUGAGCCACCUGAGGGCUUUAUGGAUUGCUCUGUCCCCUUUCAGAAGCAAGUAAAAGGAGCACUAGCUAUGUAAACAUGUGUGCACACAUUUGUGUGCAUGUGUACAUAUACCUGCCUUUCUCUUAACUAAUUUGAUACAAUCUAGAGAUUUCUUUUAAGCAAACAAAUUCAGUUCUAGCUUCUUCCUGAAGAGAAAGAUCCUCAAGGGUAAAAAAAAAAUGUUGGACCUUAUGUAUGUUUCACAUAACCCAAAAUCUGAUUCUCUUCUGUUUUGUUUUAUUCUAAAAUGUUGUAUCAUAUCAUAUCUUUCUGGAACCAAGCUGAAUUUAAUCAAAGUUAUUAAUAUUUAUACUUUAACCUUAAGUUUCCUGGAUUUAAGCCUGUAUGUAAAUCACUUGGAGGGCAAAGGUUGACUUUCAAAUCAGUAACUUGAAAAAUGGGAUUUUCAAACUUUCAUAUUCUGAAGCAAACAAGAGUCUCUAAUCAAAAUAACAUUCCCAGAGGUUUUCAAUUUCUUCUUAUAUGCACACAGCUGUGGCUGGAGAAACAUUUUACAUUUUGUGUCUGCCAUUGUUUUCCCAUGCACAUGAUUUCUUGGUGGUAUUUAAUAGUUUGGAGCUUGUAAAAAUAAAAGUUCUAAUUUUGACCAUUUGAA